AUGGAAGCUCAAUUCUUUCGGUUUUUGAAGAUCGUGGGAGUUGGAUUCAAAGCUAGAGCGGAAUCAGAAGGACGUUUAUUGUUUCUGAAGCUGGGGUACAGCCACGAAGUUGAAUUAUCAGUGCCUCCUGCUGUUCGUGUGUUUUGUUUCAAACCAAAUAUCGUUUGUUGCACCGGAAUUGACAAGCAAAGGGUGCACCAGUUUGCUGCCGCCGUCCGCAGCUGUAAGCCACCGGAGGUUUACAAAGGCAAAGCCACAUUUCAGUUGCUGAGCCGAGCUUUUUGUCAGAGAAUCAUUUUAAAAUUCUUUAUUUACUUGUGGUGGAGACUGGAGAAAAGGGAAACAAGAUGCUCCCGAGAAUCAAAGUGUUAUAGUCAUAGCAUGACUAUAAAACACUUCAUGCUUUUUAAAGUGUGUACAGUUUUGGGGCUAGAAAAAGGCAAAGAGUGCAUUGUUGUUGGAACAAUUUAUAAGCAUAUGAAACUCAAACCUACAAUCCUCACUGAGUACUCAAAAGAGAGGUCUGUAACUCCACUUGUGACCCCUGAUAAUUUUGUGCACGAAGAUGAUAAUCUUGUUCUUGAAGAUGAAAGUGGAAGAAUCAAUCUUAAAGGCAGUGUACUGUCACAUUCUGUAUAUGUAACGAAGGUGUAA